AUGUCCUUGGAGGAGGCCUUUCGCGAAGUCUGCAGAGUUGAACGCGAGGAACACGGUGAAACUGAGGAAGUAGCCCGUGUUGAGGCCGAUCGUCUGUGCCGUGGACGCGUAGCUCAGCGCGUCUUUGGACAAGAUCGUGAGGGCCCAGCCGUCGACGGCGAUGUCCUGCGUCGCACAGAGCAGGAUGAGGAAGAAAAAGGUGUAGGCGAGGGUGUAGAGGUUUUCCUGCAUGUUGCGCAUGAGGGAGUCGAUCACCGUUCCCAAGAACAGCAGCGUGAGUCCCGAGAUCGUCUGGACAGGGAUGAUCCAGGAGCGUCUUCGGCCGAGCCGUUUCAGGUAGCACGAGUCGACAAUGGGCGACCACAGCAGUUUCAACGAGUACGGGUACGACGCCAGCGAGAAGAAGCCGACCUGGGUGUAGCUCAAUUGCGCCGAUUUGAGCAGAAACGGCACCGACCCGAACGCCAGCCCUAUGGGCACGCCCUGGAUCAGGUACAGCAGCACCAGGAGGAGGAACCGCGGCCGAUCUUGGCGAGGCAGGUUCUUCUGUGUGGUGCUGAGCUUCUGUCGCGCGUUCUCGAGCGGCGUCAACCUGUCGGCCGCCGCUGCGUGCGCGUCCCCAUGGACGCGCGGGGAGGUCGAGUUGGAAUCGUCGUGCCGCUUCAGCGAGUUGGCAAAGAUGGGCAAAACGUCGGGCGACUCACUCAUGAAAGAAAAAAUAUCCAAACAGUGCUAAAUAAAUUAAUACCAACUAAUGCCUAA